AUGGGGAGCAAAACGCAUUCGGCGCCGUUGCAAAACAAGUUACAAGAACUACUCGAUCGCCGCCGGACAAACGCAACACUCCGUAAUCUGACGUUACAACUUCAAAAUCAGACCGACUUCUCGUCCAACGAUUUUCUGUCGCUAUCCACUUCGCCACAACUCAAAUCGGAGUACCUCCAAGAGCUGCAAAGAAUUGAUUUGCCAUUGGGCAGCGGCGGGUCAAGACUCCUAGAUGGCAACUCGACGUACGCCGAACAGCUGGAGCAAGAGAUUGCUAACUUCCAUGGAGCUGCAUCUGGACUACUGUUUAACAGUGGUUUUGAUGCAAACGCGGGAUUCUUCGCGAGUGUACCGCAGCCGGGAGACGUGAUAGUCUAUGAUGAGCUCGUACAUGCAAGCGUUCAUGAUGGCAUGAGGUUAUCACGAGCGGGGAAGACGAUUGCUUUUGAACACAACUCCACAUCUGCCCUAAAGAAUGCUUUGAUAGCAGUUCUUGGUGAGGAUGAGGGUGUGCGAGACAAGAGCUGUAAUGUGUUUGUGGCAUUGGAAUCCAUCUACAGUAUGGAUGGAGACGUAUGCCCUUUGAAAGAGAUGGUGGAGGUCGUAGAAGAAGUCUUGGGCCCUGAACGAGGAUACAUCGUUAUGGACGAGGCACAUUCUACUGGGGUGUUAGGACCAGAGGGGAGGGGUCUGGUAUGUGAGCUAGGCCUCGAGCAACGCAUAUUCGCACGGCUCCACACAUUCGGAAAAGCGGUAGCGGCGAAUGGAGGUACGUCGUAUUUCUUUCUCCCCAAGUUUAUGACAGAUGCUAAGCACUUCACAGCAAUCAUUCUCGGCUCAGACACAUUGCGUCAUUACCUCAUCAACUACGCACGUCCACUUAUCUACACGACAUUCCUGUCCUACCCUUCGUUGGCCCUCAUACGCUGUUCGUACCGGCUACUUCAGUCUGGCCAGAGCGUGAAACUACAAGCCCAUCUACAAAAUCUUACCCAGCAUCUCUACACCAACCUCGGCCAUCUCCAAAGACACUCGAAAUCGGCUGGUCAAGCACUCACAAUUCCAAGUGCAUGCCCGAGAUCGCCCAUAUUCGCAGUACAGCUGGCAAGACCAAAGGUUCUAGCAAGCUUUCUGCAAACUCAUGGUAUGAUGGUCAGAGCCGUGGUACCGCCGACUGUUCCGGUGGGUACUGCUAGAGUGAGGAUCUGCUUACAUGCUGGUAACACAUCAGCAGAGGUGGAUAGACUCGUAGAAUUGCUUGGGAAAUGGUGUGAGAAUCAGGCAGGUGAACAGUCACAAGGUCAUUUACAAGAAGCGGGUGUGCAAGCGAAACUCUAG